AUGGCGCAAGCUCAUCGUGCUGAUGCCAGUCAAUUUCUCGACAACCGAGGCUACACCGGUCCCCUGGUGCGCGGCGUCAACCCUGUCACCCUCUUCGAGAAAGCCGUGCGCGACCGCAUCACAGAUUCAUACUACUGGAAGGAACAGUGCUUCGGUUUGAAUGCGGCAACGCUUUGCGAUCGCGCCACCGAGUUAACAUUUGUCGGCGGUACAUACGGUAUUUCCGAGAAGCCCUCACCAUUCCUCUGUCUCGCCUUCAAGCUUCUACAACUCAAUCCCGAACGAGACGUCAUCCUCGAGUACCUCAACUUCAGUGACCCCGGCAGCGACGAUGAGGAUGGACAAAAUGCGGUGUUAAAUUCUCGCGGCGACUUCAAGUACCUUCGCGCGCUGGCGGCAUUCUAUGUGCGACUUACCUUCGAUGCGGUGGACGUCUACAAGACCCUAGAGCCGCUACUUCUCGACUAUCGGAAAUUGAAGCGACGAGUACGCGACUCGUUCACUUUGACAUAUGUGGAUCAAUUCAUCGAUGAGCUUCUCACAAAAGACCGUGUCUGUGGUACUAGUUUGUGGAAGCUGCCACCACGUUCACAAUUAGAAGAUUUGGACAUGCUGGAUGAGCGGAUCAGUCCCUUGGCGGAUGAGCUAGAGGAGCUCGAUCAGGACAGUCAGAAUGGGGAAAAUGAUGAGCACGAUGAUGAGCGCGACCGCAGUGAUGGAGAAGUCUCGAGCUCGAAGGAUGACAAUCAUGACUGA